CCGAUUAGACACAAAACUUAUAGGGUCACGGCUCUUUUAUGCGCACAGCUUUCAACUGAAUUUAAAGCACUUUUUAUCAGAAUCCAGAAAUUUCAAACUCUUACCCACCACAACAGAGAAAUGGGAAAGACGUCUGAAACUCAUGACCUUCCAUUGUUACAAGCACAAACUGCAGACUCAUCGUUCAAGAGAACUGGAAAUUUAUGGACUGCUGUGGCACAUAUCAUAACUGCGGUGAUAGGUUCUGGAGCGCUGUCUCUAGCAUGGAGCACAGCUCAGCUUGGUUGGAUCGCUGGCCCUUUAGCUGUGCUAUCCUUUGCCGCCAUCACUUUAGUCUCCUCAUUUCUUCUCAGCAACUGCUAUAGAACUCCUGAUCCUGAACACGGCCCCGGCCGCAACCGAUCCUACAUUGAAGCUGUUGAUCUCAGUUUAGGUAUGCAAUCUUCAAUCUCAUUUUUCUCCUACAAAUAUGUUUCCGAUUUCAUGAAACUCCUAUCAUUUUCUCGUAUUAGUACCAAUUACCAGUAUUAGGGUUGAUUAAGAGAGAUUAGUAAUUUAUUCGCCAAAAUUUAAGGAAGGUCAACAAGAUGGAAGUGUCCAAUUUUGUCAGAAAGAUGAUCUCUGAUGUGGCGUUAAGAUUUAAAGAACGUGAAGGUAGUUGAAAAAGAAUGGUAGAUGAGAUGUUAGGUUUAAAGAAUCCAACAAAAGAAGUUAGAUAAUUUGAUGUUGGGACGUGUAUAAAUACCAGUGUACUUUUUUGGGUACUAUAGGAUUUGGCAUCCUUGAAGAUAAGGAAGAAUUUGAUUGUGUCACAGUAUCCUUGCUCUCUGCUCUGAUUAUACCUUUUUCUAGCUAAUAUUCAACUUUGGACUUAUAAGCUCUGUCUGUUCAUGUCAUGUCACCCCAAAAAAAUCAUAAACUUUAAUUAUGCACUAAAACUAGGGAUUUGAGCAAUUCUCAGUAA